UCAUCUAAAUUGUACGAAUAUGUCCAGUGGCGAAUCGCCGGUGAAUCCGCAGAGCAGCAUAUGCCUGCUGUGGCUGGUCAUAUGCAAGACGGCCCGCUUCCAGUUCUCCAAUACGCUAACCAGCGUGAUCAUUGUGGGGCCCAUCGUCGUCUUCCUCGUUUAUGCGGCGACAGCUUUGUUCCGAGAGCCGCAAGAGGAGACGUCGGUGAAGUACCCGCCCGUCAACAUCACAACCAAAGUGCCGUACAUAUUCUACUCACCUGAGAACCUAGUCUUGGCUGCUGUCAUCGAGGAUGUCGUUCACGAUCUGAAGGCCGUGGGCAGUCAGGCCUUUGCCAGCGCCUCUGAACUGAAUAAUGCGCUGAUAGGAAAGGAUACAUAUGGCUACGUGGGCAUUGAGUUUGACGACAGCUUCAGCGACAUAAAUGAGCUUCCUGUUAAUGUCACGGUGGGCCUGCGUUUUCCGCUUCACCUGCGCAAGAAUCCCAAGAUGGUUUGGGACAACACUUCGAUCUUGAAGCACUCCAAAAUGGACAUUGAUUACUAUCAGGUGGAGGGAUUUUUGGUUGUGCAAGCCAAGCUCAGCGAGGCGUUGAUCAGGGCCAAAAACGAAGCCGUCGACCUGCCGGAAGUAAUCCUGCAACACUAUCCCGAUGUCGCGGAAGUGGACAACUUGGAUAAUAGGGUAGCUUUGUGCGGAGUUCUUUUCCUGCCCGUCACCAUAUCCGCCGCAUAUCUUGCCCAAAUGAUUGUGAUGGAAAGGCGCGAUCAUUUGAGGGACAUGCUGGAACUCAUGGGCGUGAGGGCAUGGAUAUACUGGUUGUCCUGGUUUCUGGUGGCCUUCCUGCUCCUGUCCAUUCCCACCGUAUUCAUGGUUCUCUUGCUGAGGUGGCGCUACUUUUCGCUGAGUGAUUCGUCGCUGGUGCUGUUCUUUCUGCUGGUCUACAACUUGGAGGUCCUCACGUCGGCCUUCAUGAUUUCGUCCUUUUUCUCGGACACGGUCGGCGUGCAAGUGGCCAUAGUGAUCGUGCACCUGGUUGGCUGCCUGCCAUGGCGCCUAUUGCUCAUGGGCUAUAAUCCCACUUUACCGCGCACCAUAUUCGUCUGCUUGUUCCUGAACAGCUCGUUGUCCAUGGGGCUGCAGCAGUUCAUUAAGAGCGAGAACCUCCGCUUGGGCAUGCACUGGAGUUGUCUCUUUAAGCGCACCGAUUGGGAUGAAUUUGUGCACCUGGGCCCCAUCCUCCUCUUCAUGCUGUUUGGCUGCGUGUUGCGCAUACUGGUGCUGGCUUACAUGGAACAGCUGAGGAGUUAUCGAAAUAGAAAGUGGUAUUUUCCGGUCCAGCGUUCAUUUUGGUGUCGAUGGAAUAGGCGACCUCGAUCCGAUGACUUCGAUGUCGAAGGGCAGGAGACGGGCAUCAGAGGCCAUCCCCUGAUCGUACAGGCCCGGAACAUUGAAAAGGUCUUCAACGAAUCGGUUGCAGUUAAAGAGCUCAAUCUGAACUUUUACCAAGACGAGAUCACCGUGUUUCUGGGCCACAACGAUUCGGGCAAGUCGACAAUCUUUAUGCUGCUGGCCGGCUUCUUAAGUCCCAGCGCCGGCGAAAUCACCAUCAACGGCUACGACCUGGCCACCAAUCAGAGGAAAGCACGACAAUCCAUGUGCAUUUGCCCGCAGCACAAUGUGCUGUUCGAGAAGGUUGACGCACGAUGGCACCUCCAGUUCUACUGCCGCCUCAAGGGACUGAGCCGGCGGGAGGCUUCUGCCGAGACGGACAAGUAUCUGGAGAUCGGCCGCUUGCAGGACUUUGCCAACACCAAGGUGAAGAAUCUGCCGAGCGGUAUUAAGCGUAUGCUCAUGCUGUGCUGCAAUCUGUGCGGAAACUCCAAGAUACUCCUGUUGGACGAGCCCGGCACCAGCAUGGAUCCUGCAAUGCGCAGCAGCAUGUGGGACCUGCUGCGGCGGGAACGCAAGGGUCGCUGCAUCAUCAUGGCCACGCACAACAUGCAUGAGGCCGAGGUGGUUGCGGAUCAGAUUGUGGUUCUGUGCGACGCCCAGGUGAUCGGAUACGGCACCAUGGGCUUUCUCACCCAGAUCGCGGGCACGGGCUCAUCUUACCUGCUGAUCUGCACCAAGAUGGACACGUGCUUUGUGGCGGAGGUGACGAACUUUCUGCAGAUCCGUUUUCCGGACAUCAAGCUGCACAACGAGUUCAGCAUUUACGUGACUUACGAGCUGCCCACCAAGCAUGUGGCGCAAUAUGCGGGCUUGUUUCUGGAGCUGGAGGAGGCAUUAGGCGAACUGAAUCUGGCAGAGAUCAGCGUGUGUGCCCCCACGCUGGGAAGUGUCUUUCUGCGGAUGGGGGAGGAUAUGAGGCAGUCCUGGAACCGAAUUAGCUCCUUUGACUUGCUGUCCAGUCCAUCGCCCAUGUCGUCCCUGCUCAAUCUCCUGCCCACCUUCGAAGUGCGCGAGGACGAUGGUAGCGUGAAGUGUUGCAACCAGUGGCGGGCGAUCGUGGGGAAGAAGAGUCUGUUCACUUGGCGCCACCGCAAGUUCUACUGCACGAUCAUUGCGACGCCAAUCAUCAUCUGCCUGCUCAUCAUCUCGUUUGCCAUCUUCAUCUUCCUGGUCGAUCAUCAUCUGUGCGAGCUGCUGGUCACGGAUUUGAGCAUCUACCCCAAGGCGGUCUUUGUGAUCGAUUCACCAGCGGAGGGGAAUAGGUUUGAACGACGCUACAUGGCGAAUGUCAUCGGGCAGGGAGGCACAGUUCGGAGUACGGCUGGUACUCCUAUCGAUGACUAUCUCCUGGCGGAGAUGAAGUCGGAUCAGGUGAAGGUGCAGCAUACGUUUUUGGCCGGCGCCACCUUCGACAGCGAAGCCAACUCGAUCGUCGCCUGGUCGAACAACAAGCUCAAGCACGGCUCUCCACUCUCAUUGGGCCUGGUGUACGCGGCCAUUGGGCAGGAGCUGGCCCAACUGGAUAUACGGAUUGUGAACAAACCGUACCAGGAUACGGUGCAGCAGGCAGUGCGGGGACUGAUCUACGCCAGCACCAUUGAGUUCGCCGUGCUUGUGUUCCAUUACCUUGUCCUGAGCACCACCAUCUUUGCAGUUUUGCCGAUCCUUGAGCGCCGGUCCAAAGUGCAGCAUCAGCAAUUCAGCAGCGGGGUGAGCAGGAGCACCUACUGGCUGUCGCACCUGUCCUGGGACUAUUGCUUUUACAUCGCAAUGAUCUUGCCUCUGAUCGUGGUCGCCGGAAUCACAAUAGGUUCCGUGUUGCCCGUGAUAGUUCAGUUGCUUGCCUUCGGGUUCUCCGCCAUUUCAUUCACCUAUAUGUUGUGCCUGAUGUCCCAUGAUUUCGGCAAGAUGUUCAGCAUUAUAUUGUACAUCAAUAUGAUAGGUGUCUUGGCCCUCUUCAUCCACCCAAAGAGUCCGCAAGCUCGGUACGCUGUUAUUGAGUCCGUGCUUUUGGUCCAUCCACAUUAUUCAUUGUGUUGCGGAAUGUAUGAGGCGAUACGUACGAGUACCUACAGCUUGAAGGCGCUACUUCACCUGAUAUUCGGCGGAGCGGUGUAUCUCAUCAUUGUGGUGUUCGCAUGGGUUCCGCGCCGACUAAACUAUGUCUUCAAGUCCAUUCGCAACGAAAAGAUAUACCCGCGCUACGAGGAUGAGGAUAAAGAAGUUGACAAAAUCCGGCGGAGAUUAGCCUACCUGACCACCGCGCAUUACGCCUUCUUUCCUCUGAUCCUGAAGAACCUAUCGAAGCGCUAUGGCAGCUUUGUGGCAGUACGGUCCCUAACAUUGGAUCUCAAUCCGUUCGAGUGCGUUGGCUUGCUGGGCAGGAAUGGGUCUGGCAAGUCCAGCACCUUCCGCAUGAUCGUGGGCAUGGAGUCGAUCACGGCGGGCAGCAUUCACAUCAAGGGCUACAGCCUGAAGACGCGUCCCAAUGACGCCUCGCGACACGUGGGCUUCUGUCCGCGGGAACCGAUGCUCUCGUCGUUCAUGACUGGCAAGGAUGCGCUGCGCUUCUGUUGCAUGAUCAACGGCAUUCGCAAGGAAUAUAUCAAGAGCUUGGUGGCGUCAUUGGCCGAGUGCUUUGAACUCGUGCCGCACAUGAACAAGCGCAUCAGCACAUACAGCAAUGGAACGAAGCGGAAGCUAAUGAUUGCCAUGGGCACCCUGGCGCCCUCGCUCAUGUGCCUGGACGAGCCCACCGCCGGCGUGGACAUGCAUGCCAAGUACGAGAUAUGGAGGAUUUUGGACGGCAUCCGCCAGGGUGGUCGCAGCAUUCUGCUGACCACGCACAACUUGGAGGAGUGCGAGUUUCUGUGCACCAAUGUGGGCAUCAUGGACCACGGCUCGCUGCUCUGCUACGGAUCCUUGUCGCGUCUGAAGCACCGCUUCAACAUGGGCAUUUUCGUCAAGGUGAAGAUGGGCACCAGAGCAGAAUUGGACGAUGACCGGGACAAUUGGAUGCGGCUCACUAUGAUGGCCCCAAACGAUAAUGAAAUGGGAAGCAUAGUGGGCGCUCGCCGCAUGAUGUUGGCGCACUUGCUUAGACAUCACAAUCCUCCAGUGGAACCAGUCAAGAAGUCGGGGACCAGUCGAGCCCAGCCGGACACCACAAAUUCGGAAUUGAACAUGCGCAAGGACUACGAGGCGUUGCUGCGGGAAUUGGAGGAGGUCUUCAAAAGGGACCAUCCAUACAGUACGGUCAGCGAGAAGUACUCCUACCGCGGCAUGAUCACCUUCUGCAUUCCCAGGGGGCAGAUCAAGUGGUCCGCCAUCUUCGACUACAUGGAGAACUUGAAGGAUGAGCUGCAGAUACUCUACUACUCGGUCAGUCAUACAACUUUCCAGGAUGUGUUCAUGGAGUUUGUGAGGAAGCACAAUCAAUAGAACCAUAAAUCCCCCAAUGAAUCACACAAAUGAAUGCUAUCCAAACGAACACCUUAUCGUAUCAGCGAAACUAUCUGUGAAAGCUUUGCUUCCAAAUGCUAACAAAUGGCCCAAAUCAUCAGUUGGCAUUGCAAAAAGCGGCUAAACAAUCAACAGUCGGCCAAUUGAUACUCUUAUAUGUAAAUCUGUAUGGUUAUAUUUUAUGACGUUGCUAAUGAAUGCAAACAAAUGCCUUGAGAUUCUCGUUGGUCAACGUAAAUAUGGUUAAAAAUAGGAAAUCGCACCCUAAGUUAGAGUAAACAAGAAUCGGUUAUGGCGUAACUAUUGUCCAUCCAACGCUUUUGGUCUCCUCUUUCGCCAGAACAUUAGCCAAAAAUGUGUGUCUGUUGGUACUUUGAACUCCCAAUCCGUUCUGAAAACUUUCCACGCGCAAGACGAGCGUGGUCUGGGCUUAUUAAUGAUUUUUUUAUUUUAUUUAUUUGUGCUUUAUCCCUUAUAUAUAUAUGUACAUUUCAUUAAAGCUAAUGGUAUAAUUUGGUAUUUACAGUGUUUAGCUAAGGCUUUCAUCUGAAAUAUUUAUUAAUUAUGUCUAGUUGACCUGUUUUUAGUUUUUUGUAUAACAAUAUUUAUUAUUUAUUAAGGAAAACAAGGGAGAAGAAAAACCUUAAUUGACUUACAACUAACUUAAAAAACUAAGACUUGAAACAAAAGAUUGUUAAUAUUGUAUUUUUUGUUGAACUUUUUGUACACCUACUUUUAUAUGUAGGUACUUAGUGUUUGUGUAAUAAGGUAAGUUCAUUAUUAAUUUUAACAGCUUGUUUUGGCAUAUUUGAAGUUUUUUGAUAUGAGUUUGAGCACAUCUACCCCAAACAGGUGACCCAUACAUUAAUAUUGGAUUAAAAAUUGUUUUAAAAAUUA